UUUUUCUUCUUCAUCCAGCUGUUUUUUUUUCUCUCUCUGUGAGGAUAGGACUUUCGGGAACGGGUUUGGAGGAGGAAGCGAGAGGGAAUGCCGAUGGACGUCUUGGAUUCGGAGUCUUCCCCCCCUACUUGAGAUGUAUCAUACCCGCUGUGGACGCUGAUUCUAAGGCCUUGGUGAGUGUGUCGUCGCCCUGCUGCCGGCUCUACGAGUCGUUCUCCUCUCUCAUGUCACCUUUAUAGUCACGGAGCAGUGUCACCGAUAAAGCCGCGACAAAAACAUGGAUUAGUUUUUAUAUGUAGAAGACAGUUCGCGCCACCACCAAUGCAGUUCAUGGACGGUGUUGCAAUGUUAUCAUAAAUCACCCCUUAAAAACAUAUCCUUAAGUCGGGUAGGAUCAAGUAAAACCUAAAGCUGAUGUUUCCUCACACACAAGACGAGAUCUAGGUAGGGCUUGCAUAACACAUAAGCUCUCUCCAAUACACGUUUUCUACCACGGGAUCGAGGAGUGACUUUUUUUUCUUCAAAAUAACAUUUUGACGAGGAGGAUUUUUCUUCUCAGAUACGGGAAGUGAGAGGACACCGGGGUGCGUUCCGAUGGAGCGAUGCCGUUACUGGUCGGACACCGUCUCUACGGUAAUAUUCACCUUCAUGUUACUCCAGCUACCCAUUGUGUGUGAUGGUUCACCAGAGGAGAGCAAACUCCUGAAUAUGUUGAUAGAGAAUUACAACUUCUCAGUCCGCCCGGUCAAGAAUGACUCUUUACCCCUCAAGGUCUACAUGGGAUUAUCCAUCUCCCAGAUUAUUGAUGUGGACGAGCGGAAUCAGGUCAUGAAGACUGGACUAUGGGUCAAACAGAGAUGGCACGACUACAGACUUCAGUGGAAUCCAGCGAACCAUAGCAACAUGAUAGUCAUUCAUAUUCCAAUUGGUCUUCUUUGGAGUCCAGACCUUCUCCUAUACAACAAUGUUGACGACGGUUACAAACUGGUGCUGGCAACCAAAGCUCUGGUGUACUUCAACGGCACGGUCAACUGGAAUGCCCCGGCAGUCUUCUACAGUGCAUGCACCAUCGACGUCCACUACUUCCCAUUCGAUGAGCAGGACUGCUCCAUGAAGUUCGGCUCCUGGACUUACGAUGAGAGCAAGAUAGAUCUGGAGUCAAUUGGAAGCAAUGUAGACCGACAAGACUACUGGGAGAAUGCCGAGUGGGUCAUCGUAGACACCCCGGUGGAGAAACACACCAUAAAGUACCCGUGUUGCGAGAACACCUACGUGGACAUCACAUUUCACUUCGUCCUGCAUAGGAAGUCGCUCUUCUACGUUGUGACCUUUGUGGUGCCGUGUAUCCUUAUCACCAUGAUCACUAUAUUCGUCUUCUACCUGCCGGCAAACUGCGGUGAGAGGACCACUCUGUGUAUCUCCAUCCUGCUCGCUGUUAUCGUCUUCUUGCUCCUGAUUGCCGAGAUGAUCCCAACCACCUCCGAUACCGUCCCUCUGAUUGGCUGCUACCUCCUCUUCACCAUGGGGAUCGUCAGCAUCUCCAUAGUAACAACAAUCAUCAUCAUCAACAUGUUCCACCGGUCCUCCGAGACGCACACCAUGUCACCGUGGGUCAAGAAGCUCUUCACUGAGACCCUACCUCCCUACUUACACAUACAACGCCCCUCCAACUACAAGGACUACAUCUGCAGCGCGCCCCCAACGCCCGUACCCAAGCGCAAAUUGUACGUCAACUCCACAGACUCCCCCGCAACCGACCGCUCUUGUUUUAACAACAAAAAACGUGGAUUUAAUGUCGGGCGUUCCUCGAGUAAUUAUCAUCUCCUGAAGAGAGCGGCUAACAACAACCCAUCUAAGAUGAUGUCUUUAAACUGUUCCUUGGAGGAGGAGAUGGAGUGGAGGGAACGGGAUUCGGAGGAGGAGAUCAGAGAAAGUAACGUGGACCACAGUCUCAAGGCUGAAAUGAAGAAAGAAAAGUUACCGGCAAGACUCAGGGAGGGGCUGGACUAUCUUAACUUCAUUGUGGAGAGAACAAAGGAUGACGACAAAUCCAAAAAGGUUCGUAAUGACUGGGAGUUUGUUGCCAUGGUAGUCGACCGCAUCUUCCUGUGGAUCUACGUCGCUGCUGUAGCCGUAGGGACCAUGGUGAUCAUGCUAUCCUCACCCAUACUCUGGGAGCGGGAAGACACCCACCCGGAACAGCCGGAUUGGGGUACCCCCAACGUCACUUGUUUCUAUCUAGAAGACCUUCUUCCGAAUAGCAAUGAGACAACCAUCAAGAGUAGUAAUGAGUAUAACUGUCCAUCUCCUGUAUAAGAAUCUUGAUGGGAAGCUAGACUUGAUGACAAGUCGUUAGUCAGUGUCUGUUUGUCUGCUAGUGCUUUUACAAGCACCAUGCCGUCCAAAACACAGCCUGACGUUCAUGUAACAGUCACAGUGCGGUUUUAACAUUUACGCAACGAUCGUAGGUAGCGCGUGACGUGGUCCUGCUCUUGUGAUUAACAUUAUUGGGAUCGAGGAAGUGUGUACCGUCCCCGCAACUACACUGGGAACGAUACACAGCGGCGGGCGGCGAAUAAGACUGCACAACACUUACCGACUUGAUUUCAAGACUAACGAGAAGUUACUUAUGUAAGCAAAAAUGAGUGGUAUUUACCAAAGAUGGGACAUGCAUAAUCUCAUCCCUUUAUUUAAUAAGAUACAUUUAUUAUAACAUGUAUAGUUCAACAAGUUAACAAGAGUUAAAGGCACUGGAUACUAUUGGUAAUACAAACAAAUUGUUUGCAAAAAACUUAAGUUAACAAGAGUUAAA